AUGGCUGGGCACACCGACCUCAUCAAUGGUCUGGGCUAUGUUGGAAGUGUUCCCACCAGCCUCAUGCCCUGGUUGCUGCGCCUCAGCCACAUCCGCAGCAGCAUCUCGGGCUCUGACACAGCUGAUGCCCUCCAGGACGCAGCCUGCGGUCUGCUCAUCUGGCAGGCGGCACUACAAGAGGGUCUUGUGCCCGACGACGAGACGUUGGUGGCCAUGGCUGAGAACCCUGGGUUUGUUGGCGGCGACAGGAAGCUGGAGGACCUGAGGUGGCCUGAUGAACCCCUUCGAGCUGCCCUCCUGAGGGGAGUCACCGUGCUUGGAGUUGGGCGGUUUGCCAAAAAGUACCCUGCUGUGCUGCAGGCCUUGCUCAAGAGCCUGGUGCAAGUGGUGUGUCAGUACCAGAAGACGGUCUCUGGGCUGAUUGAGGAGGAAGGGCGUGCACGAGAUGCCAGCGGAAAUGUGUACAAGACCAUCGCCGAGCUGCAGGCAGAGGAGGCGGCCCGACGAGCAGAGGGAGGGAAGCAGGGCAUCCGCAACCCCAACGUUGUGGCGGCUGAUGGGAAGCCGCGGGCGCCAGUCCCGGGCCAGCCUCAGCCGGGCAACAGCGAAGUCGAGGAGGAGGAGCCCGACUCCACAGAGCCGAAGACAAAGGAGGAGGAAGCUGCCCAGAAGCUUGUGGCUGCCCUGGUGAAGAUGUGGAGGGAGCCACUCACCACCCUGUCUCGCGCUGGACGCGCUUUUGAGGGCAUGGAGGCGCUGCUGGGGGGCGGUCGUGGCGACCCCAAUGCAUUUGACCUGGGCGGCGGCAUCUGGGGGAGGAAAGGGUGGACGGCCAUGGAUGCCCUGCGAGAGAAGCUGGAGGAUGUGAAGGAGCUGCGGGACCUGGUGCGGUCGUUGGGCAGAGGUGGCGGCUGGGGUCCACUGCGCCGCGCCCCAACGCAAUACCUGGAUGACAGGGGUCGGCCCGGCCUCCUGCGUACGGUGCUGGAGGCGCAGGAGACCAGGGGGUUGACCAGGGGGGAUGACCUCUCGCGCAUGCUGCCCUCAGAGGCGGCCCUGCUCGCAAGGGGCAGGACGGUGCGCCAGGCGCGCCUGCUCUUCUUUGCCAAGCUGGCAGAGCAGGCGCUGCAGUGCUACGAGCGUGACGGCUGGUCGGAGUUCCCCACCAGCACCGUACCAGAGAGGAGGGAGGUGCGGCCCACUGCUGAGAGGGGCCCAAUUCUCCUCUGUGUGGAUACCUCAGGCAGCAUGCGUGGGCCUCGGGAAACGGUGGCAAAGGCGCUGGCGCUGGAGUGUAUGAGGGCAGCCAAGGCGCAAGACAGGGCCUGCUAUGUGUUUGCGUUUGCAGGCCUCCAGGAGGUCCGAGAGCUUGAGCUGAACAUGGACAUGAAGAGCAUCCAUAACCUGCUGGACUUUUUGGAGAAGACUUUCAAUGGCGGCUCUGACUUCAACAGCCCCAUCAAGCUGUGCCUGAGCAGGCUGACAGAUGCCAAAUGGGCCAACUCUGACAUCUUGCUGGUUUCUGAUGGGGAGCUGCGCCAACCAGGGGUAGAGAUUAUGAGGAAACUGGCGGGUGCCAAGGACAAGCUGUCGCUCAGAGUGCAUGGGCUCAUCCUGGGCAGUCCUGAGAAGAAGAGGGCAGACCCUGCGGUGUUGCGCAGCCUGUGCAGUCACACGCUCCCCAAUGGCAAGAACGAGGUGUUGGUGCAUGAGUUCGCGGACUGGGCCAGCGUGAAGAAGGACAGGUCGCUCACCUUUGACUGGGAUGAUGCCCUGGGCAAUGCGGCCCGACGGGAGGCGGGGCUGCGGCUGGAGAAGAUGAGAAACGCCGAGAUGAAGCGGCGGCGGCUGGCAGAGCGUCAAAAGGGUGGCUCGGGCCUCAAGGGUGAGGCCACCAAGAUCCUGCGCAUGCCAAGCAAGGAUGCAUCCAGCUUUGACGAGAAGGGGCCCAAGGGAAAGAGCAACCAGCGCAAAGCCAUCACCUUUGACCGCUGA